UCGUCGGCCGUCGCGUGCGGCUGGGCGAGCCAGUGCCCGCAGCAGCAGCCGUGCUGCAGCGAAUACGGUUACUGCUCGGCGGGCACGGCGUGCUUGGGCGGGUGCAACCCGCAGGGCAGCUACGGCCAGGGCUACUGCGCGCCCAUGCCCGUCUGCUCGAGCAAGAAUUACACGUUCGCCGACGACUCGCGAUUCCAGAAGGACCACGCAGACUGGAACGGCGACGCGACCAAGUACGACUGGACCCUCGACAAGCUCGACUCGUCCAACCCGCCGAUCGUGCAGAACAACGCGCUCGUCCUGACCCUGACCGAGAACGGCGGCGGCACGCGCGUGUCGACGACCGACACGGUCCUGUACGGCACGAUCCAGGCGAGCAUCAAGACGGUCGGCGCGCCGGGCGUCGUCACGGCGUUCAUCACGAUGAGCGGCGUCAAGGACGAGAUUGAUUUCGAGUGGACGGGCAACAACACGGACGAGACGCAGUCGAACUGGUACUGGGAGGGCGACGUCGACGACUACACGCACGGCGGCUCGCACACGACGCGCAACCGCGCCUCGCAGUUCAACACCUACGGCAUCGAGUGGACGCCGACGCAGCUCGACUGGCUCGUCAACGGCAAGAGCGUGCGCACGCUCCUCAAGAGCAGCGACAAGAACGGCCGGUACCCGCAAACGCCGAGCCGCGUCCAGUUCUCGGUGUGGCCCGCCGGCAUCAAGGCGAGCCCGCAAGGGACGAUCGACUGGUCGGGCGGCCUGAUCGACUGGUCGUCGCCCGCCUACACGGCCAACAAGGCGUUCCAGGCCGAGGUGGCGUGGGUCAGCGUCGACUGCUACGAC